CUUCUUCGUGUGGCCCAAAAAAAUGGCUGUCGUUUCGAAAUUGACUGAAAAUUUUGCUCUACAAGAAGCUGCUUCGGCCGGUUUGAAAUCCAUGGAGCAUUUAAUCCGGUUGGUUUCUCAUGAACCGGUUCAUGUAGAUUGCCGUGAGAUAGCUGAUUUUACAGUUUCGAAGUUUAAGAAGGUUAUGUCUAUGAUGGACCGGACCGGUCAUGCCCGGUUCCGUCGUGGUAGGGUUCAGGUUCCGGUUCAUCCUGAUUCGUUUACUUCGUUGUCUCUUGCUCCUUCGUUGAACUUUGCUCCGGCGAAGGAGACACUGACACCUGCACCGGCGCCGCCACAGACGACGUUGACGCUUGACUUUACGAAGCCGAAUGUUGACUGUCCGAUCGGGAAUUCUAAUGCUGUUACUGCUGUUGCUACUGCUGUGAAAUCUAAGGAGGUUUUCAGUUUAUCAACGCUGAUGAAAACUCCGACGCCGACGAACUCGUCGUCGUUUAUUUCGUCGAUUACCGGCGAAGGAAGUGUAUCGAAUGGCAAGCAAGGUUCUUCUUCUAUGUUGUUGCUUCCUGCACAAGCUGGGAAACUUCCUAUCACUGGAAAACGAUGCCGUGAGCAUGAACCAUCUGAAAAUAUCUCCGGUAGCAAAUCCACCGGCUCCGGCAAGUGUCACUGCAAAAAGAGGAAAUUCCGUCCUAAGAAAGUGAUAAGAAUCCCGGCGAUAAGUUCAAGGAUUGCCGAUAUACCGGCAGAUGAGUUUUCAUGGAGGAAGUACGGGCAGAAGCCGAUCAAGGGUUCAGCAUACCCAAGGGGUUAUUAUAAGUGUAGUAGCUUACGUGGAUGUCCAGCAAGGAAACAUGUAGAGAGGGCAAUGGAUGAUCCAACGAUGCUGAUUGUGACUUAUGAAGGGGAACAUUGUCAUACACAAGUUGCGAUGCAGGAGAACAAUUCUCAAAUGGUAGACAAGAAGAAGGAAUGAAAUGAAAGGUAGAUGUAGGGAGGGAAAAGUUGUAGGGUGUUUUUGUAGUUUUGGAUGUAGUAGAGGGGUGAAUAUGCUAUUUGGGGAAAGUUAGUGGUUAAAAAGAAUAGAGAGUAGUAGAAAGUUAUGGGAUUGGUUUGUUAUGUAAAUUUGGAAAGAUUUUAGGGGUUGAAAGAGAAAAAGAGAAAAGCUUUUGCAAAAUUUUGACUCCUUUACUUUUUAUUUAUUGGCUAAUAGGCGUUUGAAUAUAAAUU